UCACGUGACGCGUCCGUGAGCGGCGGCGGCGGCGGCUCGCGGCGUCCCGGUUCCUCCCAGCGCGGCCUCCCCGCCCGGCCCGGCCCCGGCGGCCCCGUGAGGAGAACCUGCUUGACAAGGCUGUCGUGUUAUGACGACCCCCAACAAAGGAAACAAGGCCUUGAAGGUGAAGCGGGAGCCAGGUGAGAAUGGGACCAGCUUGACAGAUGAGGAGCUGGUGACCAUGUCUGUGCGGGAGCUGAAUCAGCAUCUACGGGGCCUGUCGAAGGAGGAGAUCAUCCAGCUGAAGCAGCGCCGGCGCACGCUGAAGAACCGGGGCUACGCGGCCAGCUGCAGAGUCAAGCGUGUUACCCAGAAGGAGGAACUGGAGAAGCAGAAGGCAGAGCUGCAGCAAGAAGUGGAGAAGCUGGCAUCAGAGAACGCCAGCAUGAAAAUGGAACUCGAUGCUCUCCGCUCCAAAUAUGAGGCUCUCCAGAACUUCGCCAGAACCGUGGCCCGGAGCCCCGUGACCCCUGCACGGGGGCCUCUCACCGCCAGUAUGGGCCCCCUCGUCCCUGGCAAGGUUGCUACUACCAGUGUCAUCACGAUAGUGAAAUCCAAAACGGACGCCCGGUCUUAGUGAAGCGAGAGUUGCCUGAGCUUGUCUGUGCAGGGCAAUUAGGCACAAAACCAGCCUGGAACCCCCAAAGCACAAACCCUCCCCACACGGGUCCGGGUUCCUUCUACUUGGCCCAGGACUGGCCUGCUGAUCACUCCAGUUUUGUUUUGUUGUGUCCAGAUUGGUAUGAGCAGUGGUGAUGCGUCCCUUGUCCUGUGCAGACAGAGCCUCCCGCCCAGUGGUCUGCAGCCCUCGGGCGCCCUUGGGACAGGCUGCGAGAUCUUGGGUUUGUAGCCAAGGAACAUCUGUGCAGCGUGGCCGAUGGCAGGCGAUGGGAGGGCUGGGGAAGGUCCGGAGGGAGACUUUCUUCUCGGGGCCGGGAACCCUAGUUUUCAGUCACUUCCAAAGGUUUUAUUUCAUUACUCUUCCUGGUGGUGCAUCUCGGUGCCUGACUGCCAGGCGCCUGAACCUGCUGCUUUUGUCUCAUUUGGUACCUGUAGUUGCAGUUGGGGUGUUCUGUGUAAUAGGUUUGUAUUCCUUUCUCGGUGUGCCUCUGUGCCCUGACAGUGGGUUUCCCUCAGAUGUCCGUGGCGUUAGCUGUGUGAACUAGCAGUGGUGGACAGGAACAUGCUGCCGUGCCUCUGCCCCAGCGCUGGGCCGGAGCACCCCAGGGGAGGGAGGGAGGGAAGGUACCGUGUCGACUGCAGGCCGGUUUUGUGCCUAAUGUCUUGCACUGAACAAGACCAAACUCACUAGUCGUUCCCGUGUUUUGAGGGUAUCAAGUGUCUCUAGUGUGAUGGUUUACACAACCAGUUUAUGUGGUUAAAUAGCCCUUUAUUUAAAGAGAGAAACAUCAUUUUAAGAGUUAUUAAAUUAUCUAAGUUUAAAGUUAAAAUCAGACAGAAGAGAGAGCGUAUUUAUAGUCAGCUUUUUUAUCUGAGAGGGCGAGAAUAUUUGACCAUCUGAAUGGGGAAAUAUUCUCGGAGACUUUGCUAGUUAAAAGUUAAUAAAGAAAUAAUUUUAAAGUUUCUCAUGAACCUCCUGCACGCUGUGGCUCUGAGGUUAAUUUUUAUAAAGAGUUAUCAGACUUUAUUUAUAAAACUUAGAAAAAGACAAAAAAAGAGGCAAGUCCUGUUUGAUAUCUUUUUGCAUUUGUACCAAAAGUGACUUAUUCUUGACCUCGCUGGCUUCCGUGGAGUCCCCUCGUGGUCGCGCUCUCUGUUCUCUGAGCUCGCUGUGCUGUGCUGGUGCCAGUGGCUGCCUUCGCCGUGUGCUGUCAUUUUCUCACUGCUGUCGUUUUCCCUAAGCUCAACCGAGAGAUGGAGUUGGCAUCUCUGCAUUCUCCAGGAGGAUUCUGGCACACUGGCAAAGGGGCUGCUGUUCUUGAGGGCAGGAGCUGGCGGCUGGUGCAGCUAUUAGUGAUGCCUGUCCAGAAACGUGUCUCUGCAGAGGCGUGCUGCAGGAGCAGCUGGCACCGGGGCACUGUUGCCUGAAUGGGGAAACCGUGCUCUCCUCCCUCCAGCAAAGCUGGCAGAGGAGUAACAUGAGGGAGAACUGUCCGAGUGUGACACAACUGAGGAGCUGUUUGUGGCCAGGCUCCAUUUCCUCAAACACUUUGAUUCCCCCUGCCCUCCCCAAAGCUUUGAGCUGGUUACUGAGUUGUUGCAGAGAAGCAGGACGUGGGGGUGAAGUUCAUGUGAGCUCCUGGCUGCCCAAAGUCUCCUGAGUGGAGGGGAUGUCACCAGGAUGGCACAAGUGACACUGCAGCCUUGCGGGAGGCGAUUUGCCAUACUGGCUGGUUUUGAUGCAUUUCUCAUGUAGCUGAUCUGGUACUGUUGUCCUCGGGGCUGAGAAGCAGGUAAACUGAUGGAAGCUGCAAUGUGGCGGGAGAGAAGCAGAUAGUUGGUGGGGAUUUCCUGCUGGAGGAGGAGAUCAGUUUUGCUCUGACUGAUGGGGAGUUUAGGGAGAAGCUGUUUGGAAAGGUUUUCCCAGUCCCAGAACUGUCCGAACACAGAGCAGGUUAGAAGAUGGCCUCCAGGCUUCUCCCUCCCAGCCCUGGGCUGUCUCUUGUUCGAGCUGAUGUGUCCCACAUGCCGCUUCGCAGCCGUUCACCGGGUGGGCUGCGCACUGAGCAGCACUCAGAGCUCUGAGCUCUAACCUUUGUCUUCCAGCUGGUGAUGUGGUGCCUGGAAGAGGUGAGACGUUCCAAAACACGAUGACCUCCAGGUCACUGGAGGUCACACUGACUGGAGUGUCAGUCCCAGCCCUGUCCCUCCUGGCGCCAGCCUGAGGUCAGGCCUGUCCAGAGCUGAGUUCUGAACCCAGCUGGAGGCCUGUUCCUGCCCUGCUGCUGGUGAGGCUGUGCUGCUUUGGAGUGAGACCCUGAGCCAGGAGAACAGGGCCAGCGGCAGCGCUGCCCCCCGCGUUAGCGCUGCCGCUCUGGGGAGCGGGCGCGAAGCCGCGGCUGGGGGGGCCGGUGCGUGGACACGCUCUGUGGGUGCGGGGCCGGGUGCGGAGCGGACGCGGUUCCCCUGCGGGUGCCUCUGCUGUGGCUCUGUCCUGGGAGAGGUGCUGGACCCCGGUGAUGUCUCUGCAGGCAGUGCCCGGGGCCGUCCCGCGGCCUCUCGUGUACAGUGUUCUGGCGUGUGGCAGUUCUUGUCCGUUUGGUUUCCUGCUGUGAAGGUGUCGUGUUUUCUUCCUCCCGCCCCGGCGCCGCUCGGCGGGGGCCGGGGGGGUCCGUGCCGCGGGCCCCCGGCGGUUGUGUAUCGUGUGGUGACUUGUGUACGGGCGCCGCUGCCCGGGCGGAGCGGGCGGUAUUUAUUGGUAAGUUAUUGCCCGGGCGGCGGCGCGGGCGGGCGUUAUUUAUUGCUGUACAUAGUGUCCGUGCCGGCCGCCGCCGUUUUGUACGUGACAAUAAAACCGCUUUCAAACA